AGAACUCCUAAGUUUAUAUCAACCUCAACUUCUAGAGUAUGGAGAAUUCAAAAGGCAAAGAGUGGAAUUCCACAAAGAAGUUGGGGGAAGAAAAUGUUACUUUCCAAUUCAAAACCGUGUCCAUAGAGGAACAGAGAACUUCUGGUGAAAGUAUAUCAACUAUGAAAAGAAUAACCUCAACAAAGGCGACCAAACGAAAAAGAAGUAUGAAAGAGGACAAAACUUCUUGCAAAACCGAGAAAGCACAAGACAAUGAUAGAGUAAAACCUGAACGGAAGAAGAUACCAAUUCCUCCACUGCUGAAAAUCCCACCCAUCAAUCUGCUUCACCGGGACAUUGUGCGGGCCUGGGGUCGGGAACUAAAGCUGAGCACCAAGGGCCAGAAAUUAGAAGUUUAUAAGAGAAUCUGUGAAUAUGCAUAUCCAAAUCAAAAGGAUAUUCCCAACACUGCAAAGGAGGCCAGGAUCCUGAAGAAAUCAGAGCUAAAAGCAGUGCUAAGCAGUGGGAAAAUAACUCCGGAAAGUUCUAAGGAAACUAAUCCUCCUAAAGUAAAUGCUUCUCCUGAGGACAGUGUGCCGGCACCUAUCCUCCAAGAAUCAACUCUCGAGACAGUUGACACGGUGGUAGUGACAACAUCUGCCCCAGAUGCUGUGUUUGCCUCCUGGACCAGAAUAACAGCCAUGGCUGGAAGGAUGGAGGAAAUACAAGAAGUACAGUCACCACCAGAGUCAAGUGAUGUUAGGUGGUGUGUUAUUCAUGGAAGAAGUCUCCCUGCAGACAGAGAAGGCUGGGUCCGCCUUCAGUUUCAUGGGGGACAAGCCUGGGUACCUGAGAAACAAGGGCAAGUGUGUGCCCUGUUCCUGCUCCCCUCCUGCAAUUUUACACCCCCACACCUGGAGGACAAUAUGUUGUGCCCCAAAUGUGUCCAAAG